AUGGAACAAAACGUAACAAAAUUCGAUCUCAUAAUCCUCGGAGCUUCAGGUUUCACAGGCAAAUACGUUCUCAAAGAAGCACUCGAAUUCCUCAACAACUCAUCCCAAUCACAAUCUUCUCUCACUUCCGUAGCCAUCGCUGGUCGAAACCCUACAAAACUCGCCCAAACCCUAAAAUGGGCUUCAAACCCACAUCCACCGCCGAUUAUCCCAAUUCUCCCCGCCGAUACGUCCGAUCCAUCCUCCCUUCGUUCCCUCUGCUCCCAAACCCGCCUCAUCCUCAAUUGCGUCGGUCCUUUUCGGCUACACGGGGAAACCGUCGUUUCCGCUUGCGUUGAUUCGGGUUGCGAUUAUCUCGAUAUUUGCGGCGAGCCGGAGUUUAUGGAGAGGAUGGAGAGUGAUUACCAUGAUCGAGCGGGUGAAACUGGUUCUCUUGUGGUUUCGGCUUGCGGUUUUGAUUCUGUUCCGGCGGAGCUUGGGUUGUUCUUUAAUUCGUUGCAGUGGGUGGGUCUUUCUGUGCCGAACCGGGUUGAGGCCUAUGUUAGCUUGGAGUCUAGGAAGAGAAUUGUUGGGAACUUUGCUACGUAUGAAUCUGCGGUUCUUGGUGUGGCGAAUGCUAAAGAUUUGCAGGCGUUUAGAAGGUCUAGACCAAGAAGACCUAGGCCUCAGAUUCCUGGGCCCUCUCCUUCAAAAGGACGGACUAUAGAACACCAGAAGAAAAUUGGCCUUUGGGCAGUAGUGCUUCCUUCAGCAGAUGCAAGUGUUGUUCGAAGAACACUUUCAACACUAACAGAAAACCCCAGUGGUCUUCCCAGUUCGAACGAAAGUUCUGAGACGGUUCAAAAAAGAGAGGCCUUCUGGUCAUCGGUGAAGCCAGCUCAUUUUGGUGUGAAAAUAGGCUCAAAGUCUUUGUUUGGCAUUUUAAGAAUCAUCAUGGUUGGAAUUUGUAUUGGCCUUUUUGGAAGCACGGGUUUUGGACGGUGGCUUAUUUUGAAAUUUCCUUCUUUAUUUAGCCUCGGUUGGUUCAGGAAGAAUGGCCCUUCCGAAGAGGAAGUCGAAAGCGCAUCUUUCAAGAUGUGGUUUGUCGGACGCGGUUUUAGUAACGAGAGUCUUGCUUCACAGGAAAACACAAAACCUGAUAUGGAAAUUGUAACAAGGGUAACAGGACCUGAAAUUGGAUAUGUAGCGACCCCAAUAAUUCUUGUUCAGUGUGCUCUCAUUCUUCUCAGCCAGCGCAAAAACCUACCUAAAGGUGGCGUUUACUCUCCCGGAAUCGUAUUUGGUCCUACUGAUCUCCAACAGAAACUUCAACAAAAUGGAAUAUCCUUUGAUGUCAUCUCAAAAAGCACUAUUUCUUCUUGA